GAAGAAGUACUUAUACGGAAAUCGGGUUGAGCAAGAAAUGAGCGAACGACGGACGGGCUGCUGAAGAAGCUGGGUUAAUUGAAAGAAGCCCACAGCUCAGCUCAGCUCAGCUCAAGGUAGAAGAAUGGUGAUAAGCUCCGGUGCUGCCCUUGUGGGACUCCCCUCUAUCCCUAAUUCGAUUAUCGAUCAGCAGCAGCAGAAUCACGCUGAACCACCUCAUAAGUGGCGCAUGGUUAUAGCUUACGACGGCACUCGAUUUGCAGGUUGGCAAUACCAAUCAUCUCCACCCACUGUGCAAUGCAUUGUAGAGAAAGCAUUAACUCAAGUAACAAAAUUAGAGAGAAAGCAUCUCCAAUUAGUUGGGGCAAGCCGAACAGAUGCUGGAGUUCAUGCCUCGGGCCAGGUGGCUCAUUUCAUUACCCCAUUCAGUUAUGACAGCUUAGAAAGUAUUCAUGCAGCAAUGAAUGGUCUUCUUCCUUCAGAUAUACGUGUUAGAGAAAUUAGCCCAGCUGUGCCAGAAUUUCAUGCCAGAUUUUCAGCAGAAAGCAAAUUAUACCGCUACAAAAUAUUUAAUGAUACUGUCAUGGAUCCAUCCAUGCGUCAUUAUGCUUACCACUGUCUUCAUAAGCUGAACAGUAGCGUCAUGAAAGAAGCUGCAGGGUAUUUUGUUGGUAAGCAUGACUUCUCCUCCUUUGCUAAUGCAUCACGAGAGAAUCGAAUCCCAGAUCCAGUAAAGAAUAUAUCUCGCUUCGAUGUGGUUGAAAUGGGACCUCUUAUCCAGAUAGAAGUGGAAGGCUCUGGCUUCUUGUAUCGACAAGUACGAAACAUGGUGGCAUUGUUACUUCAGAUAGGAAAAGAAGCGAUCUCACCGAGUAUAGUUCCCAUGAUUAUGACGAGCCGCGAUAGGAAAGAACUUGCGAAAGUGACGUUAGCUGUUCCACCUCAUGGUCUAUGUCUUGUAAGUAUAAAGUAUAAUCAAACACAUUUGCGGCUUCCAACUGGUUGCUCCGCAGCUAGUUUUGGUAGACGUCAAACUAUUACUCAAUGUAAAAUUCUAUCUUUUCAAGAAAAAAAUUGUUUAUAAUCCAAAGUGGAACAUCUAUCGAACCGGUUAUAUUAUACAAAGCCUUCCUUCUUUUUUUAGUCUA